AUGGACGUUGUCAAAGCUGUGUCAGGGUACAUCACCAGGAUGGUAUCUGCUGCAGAUAGCAGAUCUGGAGCUACAACUACGAAGAUGAAGAUACUAUUACUGGAUAAAGAAACGGUAUCAGUUGUUUCGACUGCCAUCACACAAUCUGCUCUCUUGAAUCACGAAGUCUAUCUUAUUGAUAGGCUAGACAAUCAGAAUCGCGAGAAGAUGCGUCAUCUGCGCUGCAUAUGCUUCGUCCGUCCAUCGUCAGAAUCGAUUCAAUCAUUGCUUGAUGAGUUUCGAGAGCCCAGAUAUGGAGAAUACUAUAUUUAUUUCAGUAAUAUUAUAAAAAAGUCGGCUCUGGAGCGUCUUGCGGAAGCUGAUGAUCACGAGGUUGUGAGAGUCGUACAAGAAUUUUUUGCUGAUUUUAUUGUCAUAAAUCCAGAUUUAUUCACUCUCGACCUCGGCUCUCAAAAGAAACACAUAUGGGGUUCAAAUCCAGACACAUGGAACACCGAAACAUUGCAAAGCACAAUGGAAGGCUUACAAGCAGUACUCUUGUCCUUAAAGAAAAAGCCUCUAAUCCGGUAUGCUAAAGAUAGCUUACUCGCAAAAAAACUCGCGACUGAAAUCCAACAUAACAUCUCACAAGAAAGUAAACUAUUCGACUUCAGGAAGGUUGACACACCACCCAUUCUACUUAUAUUAGACCGAAGAGAUGACCCAAUUACCCCUCUACUGACACAGUGGACCUAUCAAGCUAUGGUUCAUGAGCUCAUAGGUAUUCAUAAUGGUCGGGUCGACCUGAGUAAUGUACCAGAUAUUAGGCCGGAGUUAAAAGAAGUGGUGCUCUGUCAGGAACAGGACCCUUUCUUUAAGAAGAACAUGUACUUGAACUUUGGUGAUCUUGGUGGAAAUAUUAAAGAUUACGUCGAACAAUACCAGUCUAAGACAAAAAAUAGCUCUAAUAUCGAGUCCAUCGCCGACAUGAAGCGCUUCAUUGAGGAAUAUCCAGAGUUUCGAAAGCUCUCAGGAAAUGUUAAUAAGCACGUGACGAUUGUUGGAGAACUAAGUAGGAGGGUGGGCGUGGAAAAUCUUUUGGAAGUAAGUGAGGUGGAACAGAGCCUGGCAUGUAAUGAUUCCCAUGCAGCUGACCUUAAGAACGUGCAAAGACUCAUUCAAUCAGCAAAUGUUUCUCCCGAAACAAAACUACGGCUAGUAGCCCUCUACGCAUUAAGAUACGAGAAAAAUCCUUCAAACACAAUCGCUUUACUUAUUGAACUACUUGUUGCAGUUGGGAAAGUUCCACUGUAUCGGGCCGAGAUUAUUCCUAAAUUACUCAAAUACCAGGCCUCGCUACAACGGACGCAAGUGGUAGGUGGUAUCACUGAUAUACUAGAGUCCACUGGUAUAUUUUCGGGUGCACGAAGUCGCUUAAGAGGGCUCCAGGGCGUGGAGAAUGUAUAUACACAACACUCCCCCAGAUUAGAACUUACCAUACAGAAUCUCAUUAAAGGACGCCUCAAAGAAUCACAGUAUCCUUUUGCCGAAGGAGGAGGAGUUACAAGAGAUAAGCCUCAAGAUAUAAUUAUCUUUAUCAUCGGUGGCGUCACUUUCGAAGAAGCGAAGACUAUAUCGCAGAUCAAUACAUCUUCUCUUGGGACAAGAAUUGUUUUGGGCGGGACGAGUGUUCACAAUAGCGCAUCGUUUCUUUCAGAGGUCGAAGAAACUGUAUCGGCCUGGUCAGAAUAUUCCACAUUAGGAACACGGUAUGAUACAAGUAGACGCGAAUGA